AUGCAGGACAAGUAUCAGGCGGAUGCAGAAUUAAAUUUAUUCCUAUUUAUUCUCUGUUGUGCCAUAUUCCUACAAACAACGGAAGCCAUACCGGUAGCAGUGCCAGUACCGAUACCAAUACCUGUUGCUGUACUUCAUGGUACUUCGAAUUCUGGUCACCAUAUUAUAUUACAAACGCCUGUUUAUUGGCCCCGUUAUUAUCAGACGACAUUACAAGUUACCCAGCCGCAACAACAACAACAACAACAACAACAACAUCAACAGUUACAACAGCAACAACAAAAACAACAACAACAACAGCCUUUAACGCAGCAUCAUAUUAUCUUUCAUCAUCAUUUGCAAUAUCAUCAUUUGCAUCAACGCGCCGUUAAUAAUCCGGACAAAAUGAAUUAUUGCACCGAUGAAAUGAUUUUUAAGAAUAUACGUAAACAAAUGGGUUCAUCUCUGCAAUACAUUAGAAAUCUAUUCGAUGAAUAUUUAAGAUCACGUGAAGGCAAAACUUAUGAAGAAAUGUUGGAAUUGUGGAGAUUACAUGAUCUGGAAAUUCGUUAUCCACAACGAAAAGUUAUUAAAACGGACAAUGAGCUCCAUACCGAAGUACUUAAGUUUUAUUUAAAUCUGCAUACGUUCGAGCAGCUAAUAGCCGAUGUUAUCGCCGAUGUUAAUGUAAAUAAAACGAAUAUUGAACAUGGUGAAGAGUAUUCGGCUAAAAAAAUUAUACAAUUCUUUGAUAAACUUAAAAAAGAAGUCCGUUUUAAUAUUCAGGAAGCGGAAACUGUAUUACAAGAUCUCACCAUUGAAAAGCCUAACUUGGAGGAGAAUAUCGUCGAUUACAAUAAAACGGUUAAUAGAAAUACGCGGGAUUUCUUAAUAGUUCACAAAUUGAUUGAAGAAAUUAAACAUGUUUAUGAAUUGGUUGAACUAUACUGUAACAAUAAUAAUAAUAAUAACAACAACAACAAUAACAGUCAUAACAGCAACACUGAUGAAUAGAUGGCUAAGGGCAAAUAAAAAAGAAGCCUAAGAAACAUUAUUUUAAAUUAUAUUAGAUAAGUAUUAGAAAACCAAUCCAAUCCAUCCCAAAAUAUUGAAAAAAAAAAAGCUAAAUAAAUAAAUCUAUAAUAAACCUAUGUAUAUAUAUA